CACUUUUGGCUUCUAUUUUGGUGUAAACAAACCAUUCUAGUGCUUAAACAAUUCGGAUUAAUUUCCCGGUGUUGAUGAUCCUCCGGAGAUGAGCGACCACUACUAGUGACAGCACAAUGGAUAAAUUUAUACAGAAGUGUCUGGUGCCGAACUGCAGUUCAACCACCGAUGCAGUCGAGAUCUGCUUCUUCGAUUUUCCGACCGAUGAUCGCGAAAUGAUACGGGCAUGGAACAAAGCACUGGGAUUCCGUGCCAACUGCAAACAUAUUCCCGAUCCUAAGGUAUGUGAGAAGCACUUUAUGCAGGAGGAAAUCGAUCGGGGUGCGGUUCCAGUGAAACUGAUUUCACCGGAUGCAGUGCCAUUGGUUGGAGUGGUGGCAGCAGUGGCGGUGAAGUUGGAUCCGAAGGAAGGCGAGGAAGGAGAAAGAAGUGGCGGCAGUGUCGGUGCACCAAGUUACUGUAGACUCUGUGCAAAGAUGGAACCGCAGCCGUUGAAGCAUAGCCUGGAGAAGAUGAUGAAGUGCAGUGAUACGGCCAAGCUGCUAGAGAUUUGUUUAGAAUCGAGCCGUGACUACGAGAUGCUUCCCAGCGGGGUUUGUGAUGCGUGUUCUCAUAUGAUGAAGUUCUUGAUAAAGUUUGUGAGAACCUGUAGCGGCGCACAAGGGAAGUUGGUGAAUAUAUUUACCGAGAAGGAGAACGAUAUUGUUGAUAGGGACGAGAAAGAAGAAAGGAAACCGGAAGCUGAGGAAGUGGCUUCGCCUACGAUAAAGAGGGAAGUGGAAGAGACUUCCAGCGAGCUUCUUGCGGAUUAUCUGGUGGUUGGACUUGAGAAGGACGAGAAAAGUCAUGAUGUGAAUUAUAUUAUAAAUGAGGUAACGGAGACAGAUGAUGAAAUGACACCGGUUGGUGUUGAUAGUAAAAAAGAGGAAGGAGAUUUGAAUGUGAAGAUGGAACCGUAUGAAAUGGAAUCUGAUUCGGAUUUUGAAGUGCCAAAGGAUUUCGGAGGUUUCUCCGGGUCGGAUAGUCGCUCUGGAUCCGAUGACGAUGAUGAUGAUGAUGAUGAUGACGAUGAUGACGAAUACGAUCCUGAAGAACAAAUGGUUAAAUCACGAAAACAUAUUUCGGUGAAAUUUGAGGGCGAUGAUAAGGGUGCUGCUCUAGUGGAAGAGAAGCCUAAGAAAAGGCGUGGUCGUCCGAGAAAAGAUGAUCCUCGUCCUUCGAAAGGGGCUCGAAAGCCAAGAGAGAAGCGCGAGAAGGCUACCGACGAUAAACCCGCUUCCCUGUGCAAGCAGAUUUGCCAAAUUUGCGGCAAAAUCCUUUCGAGUAGUGCCACUUUUAACGUGCAUAUGAUGACGCACACCCAGCAGAAGGACAUCGUUUGUCCUAUCUGCGAUCGGCGGUUCUACGUCAAGCAGCAGCUGAAGAUCCACAUAGAAUCGAUUCACGAGAAGAAGGACUUUGUGUGCAACGUCUGCGGGCUUAAGUGCCGCUGGCGGAAAAGUCUUCGAAGGCACAUGCUGCUGCACGAUGAUAACCCCUACAAACACAAGUGCACCUACUGCGACAAAGCAUUUGCUAGGCCCAACCAGCUUCGCUAUCAUGUCAUGAAGCAUACCGGAGAUCGAGUCUACUGUGACAUCUGCGGUGCGGAUUAUAGAUUCAACUACAUGUUAACACAGCAUAAAAUACGCAAACAUGGAAUUGUGGUCGAGGGUGUUCAGCUGUACAAGCAAAGUUCAAGGAAAAAGAAAACCGAAAGUGGAGAGCAUGCAUCAAACCCCAGGCGGAAUCGUGCCGUGGUUGGUCAGCAGCCAGAAGGCCAUCUAGCACCAUCGGUGGAGUUUCCUGUGCAUCCUUCCAUAGCACCGAUAAUACAACAAAUGGCAAUACCCGAACAUGACCGUACUAACCAGAGUGAUCUGACGCACGUGUCGGAUCUGGGAAGUCCCGCUACGACGGCAUCGUUUGCAACAAUUGGCUCUCCCGAACCGCCACAUUUCCCAGUUCACGCACAAUCCCACUCCACAUUGCAUCAACAACAGCAACUACAACAACAACAUCACCAACAACCAUCUCCAAUGAGCGGAUUCAACGGAGCAGCACUGGCCAUGCCGAUGCCCUCUGGAGGGCUUAUCGGGUUUCCAUCGAUGAGUAGGCAAUAGAAUAUCAAUAUUUAAGCGCGUCGAUUUUUACAUUAUCAAAAAUAAAGUAGAACAACUAGCAUUUAAAACUAUCACAUUGAA